AAAUGACUAUUUUGUCCUAACAAAAUUUUCUCUCCUCUCUCCCCGAUAGCACCACAGCCCCCUUCCCCUUCCCUUUUCGUUUUCCGAUCGCCUGAGACCAAGCCCGACCAGACCUCCUUCACGCCGCCCUUGUCUCACCGCUGACACCUCUUGAUCCUCUAUUGCCUUCGCCUCCGGCCAAGCUAACUCCGACAGAACUGGUUUUGAAUAUUGGAGCUAUUUCCGGUCAUUUUAACCGGAAAUAUUCAGUUUCCGACACAUUCAAUAGCUAGGUAAAUUAGAUUUUUGACCCCUUUUCAGUAUAUUGCUCAUGAAUUCUUUGAGUAUAGUUAAAGGAUUUGAUGCAUCACCAUGUUAGUGUAGAAACAAUCCCUAGAAACUACUGUUUAUACAAACAUUUUAGAAGAUUAAAUUAAUUUUCUUCCUAGCUAUAAUCAAAACACAUUUUGGUGAGCAUUUUGGUAUGAUUAGGUAAAUUUAAAAUGGGUAUGAAUUAAUUGUGACAGCUUCUAACUAGAGAAAUUUAUAUAUAUAUAUAUUUGUUGAGUUAAGUCCAUAGUUGGUGGUAGAGCUAUGUUUUUCAUAAUUUAUUUUUAAUAUAAAGGUUUUAAUGAUCAAGAUGGAAUAAGAAUGAAAAUUAUUUUGUUAUGACAGCAGGUAGCUUUGUUAAUCACUUGAAUUUUAGGUUUUAAUAUGAGUAUAUAGAGUUGUAAUCAAGUUCUUAAAUGGGGAGAUGUAUUAAGCAACUCGUUAAGUAUGUAUUUUAAUAAAAAAAAUCCAAGGUUCUAUAGUGAUGGCAUCAGCUAGCUUAGCCAUUUGCGUUCAACUUUUGCUUAGUGCAAGAGAAAUAGUAUUGUAUAUUUGAUUUUUGAUAGAAAAUGAACAAGCUUAGUGAGUAGAAUAUGGGUUACAUAAACUUGGAUUUUCAACACAGCGCAAAAAACAAUGUAAUCUUUAUUUUCAGUAAUUGUUUUGAUUAUGUUGCUGGUUGUAUGAGAAUCAAUUCUAUCUUAGAUGUCAUUUGAACUCCGCAGUUGUAGGAUUAUUAAGUCACUUGUUAUAUAUGAAUAUGUAAAUUUGUAUUUGAAUUAGGGCCUUUGAAACGGUUUGAAUUGUUGUUAUUAGAUUGAACCAUCUAGUUGAAUUUUUUUUUAUUGGGCUUGUCUUCUUGAGAUAUAUCUAUUGGGUUUAUUGAUUGAUAAACAAUGUUUCAACUUACUACGGGACUCGGUGGCCUUAUGCCUACCUGGGCCCUAGUGCCGGUCUGGCCACGGAAAUGGGUUGUGACAAUUAGCAUGUGGUGUUAAUCUGUUAUCUCAUUGACAUAAAAAUGGAUACAUUUUGUUUUGCGAAUCAAGUAUAAUCUCAGGCUGAUUGAUUCUUAGCAUUUUCCCAUUUAAUUUUAAUUUCUGGAGAGUAACAAUGCCACGGAAAGCAACAAGGUCCAGCCGAUCAACGAUGGUUCCGCCUGUGACCUUCUCCCCAUUUGCACGUUCAGUUGCUAAUCUUACCUCAGCUUCAAUAAUCAAGCGUCGGAAGCUCAACAUGAAACUACACAAAUCUUCCCCCCGAAUACCUGAUGAUGAAUUUGUUAAUCACAAGUUGGAAGAGAAGCACGAACAGUCUGAAUCUUCUGAGGAAGAAGAUUUUGAAGGAGUUAUCCAAGCAGAUUUUGCUUUCUUUGAUCCGAAACCUGAUGAUUUUCAUGGUGUGAAGAUCUUGCUGCAAAAUUACCUUGAUAAUGAACAAUGGGAUUUGAGUGGUUUUGCAGACUUGAUAUUAGGACAGACUACAGUGGGGACUGUUGUUAAAUUGGAGGAUGAUGAAGAUAAUGGGCUGUUUUCUGUUGUUACUGCCCUUAACUUGGGAAGAUAUAAGGAUCACAAAUGUAUUAAAGAGGUCAAGGAGUUCCUAACCAAAGUAUGCCAGGACAAGAAUGUAAUGGAUGAUUUAAGAUUGUUUUUGGAAGAGCAAGCACAUGAUGUUGGUCUGUUGGUCUCUCAACGUGUUUUCAAUCUUCCUCCCCAACUUUUGCCACCUCUUUAUGAUGCCCUCUUUGACGAAAUCUUAUGGGCUACAGAAGAUGAGCCAACUGAGGAGCUGAGGAAAGCUUUCUGCUUCAAGUCCUAUUUCAUAGUUAGUAGAAUUUACAAGCACAAGAAUGCAGACCACAAAAGGGGGCAAAACAGUCACAACGAGGAACCACUGAUAUAUGUUAAGCCUGAAGAUGAAAUUUUUCACAAGCUCUGCAAGUGGUCUUUCUAUUUUCCUUUGCACUCGGAGAAUGUAACAACUCAUGAGCUAAGAAAUUACCAAUUAAGGGGUUUGGUCAUGGCUGUUGAGGCAGACAAAGUUCCUAAUUUUCGAAAGAAGUUACAUUCUUUGAUUGAUGAAUCCUGAAGUCCCAUUGUAGGCGUCUUGACUUUUCAUUUUGCAAAUUUUCUGUAUUCCACACACCUUACAUUCUUUUUUCCUUCAAAAAUAGUUGCAAAAUACUUGUUUCAUCUAGUUAAGCUAAGUUGAUUUCAACUGUAUGUUCAUGGGUUAUCUGGUGUUCGAAAGUUUUCAUUUCUUCCUGUGCUGGAUGCAAUUAAUCAGUUUGAGGAGGAACUCUUUUUGCAUUUAGAUUAAUAAUUAACUCAUUACAUAGUAACUCAAUA